AUUAUCAGGGUCCACUAUCACCAGUACCUACCAUCUCCAUCCUCAGUGUACCGGGAACCUGCUCCACACCACAGGUACCGGGAGUUAUUGGUUUGACACUGACCAGUUAAGCGUCUUGGCUCCUCCAGUACUAUCUACUGGGGCUCCUAGCAUCAUCUACUGGAAGGUGGUCCUCCAUUAGUCUACUGUUGGUGUUUUGCUUAGCAGGAGUUUGCAGCACAAGAGACGCCAGACAUCACCAUGGUGGACGCUUGCCCAGAGUGCAACAGGUACUACACCAGAUCGAGAAUCCCCAUGGUAGGGAGCUGGGGCAACGCCUGCAGGGAGUGCAUGAUCAAACAGCAACAGAGCCAACUCCCAGGGGCGUCCCGGCCCACCACCACCACCUCUGACCCCACAACUGUGACCUCGGGCCGCAGAGAGCUCAGCAAGGGGGACGCCCCAAGGACCCUCGCUGGUAAUUCUCAGCGGCAGACGGGAAUACCAGUCAUCAAGGAGUCGAGGAAGUCGGUGGACUAUCAAGGCUUGGUGAACGCUAGGCUACCCGGCCACAUCCCCCACACACACCUCCGUCAGCUUCGCCCGCCAGAGGUCCACCGUGGGACCCCCAGCACUGACCCUUCCCACGGACUCCAGCCAGGAGCUAAGACCGGUACGGUAAGAAGACAAGGAAGAGAGGAGCACCUUCCCGAGGAGGACAACAUAGACACAAAGCUGCGCAACGUCUCACACAAACUGCGGGACGGGAGCGCAGAGAGACGGGGGCGGACGAACGGUCUGAAUGUUCAUACUCUCAAGAGCAGGUUCGAACAGCUGACACGCGAGGCAGCGGUCACGGGGACACCUGUAUACACGCCAGCUGGCUUGGGGCGAGUGGGAGGUGGCAGGAGACACCUGCUCACCCCUCAAGUGUCUCGCGAGAGGCCAACAUCAUCCCCAAUCACCUCCACACCAACAAAACCUCGCAAGCAUCUGUCGAAGAGUACCAGCGAACUCCCAACCAUCCACCUGAUCGAGAACACCACCUCCUCCGCUGAUCAAAAACACCAGAACCGACGCCACGGCAGCCGGGACGACAUCAACAGGGUUACAAUAGACAAGACAUCAGCCAUCCUCCGACGUCAUGGCUUAGAGGACCAGCGGCUCCCAGACACCGGUAACCCACAGUAUAAAAGCCGUCUAGCCUUCACCCCCCGAGGGCGCUCAGUACACGACCUCAGAGAUGAAUCGGAUGGUACUUCGCCGCUCGCCCUUCAGCGUCACAGCUCAUUCGACCGGCUCGUCGGACCUUACGCUGGGGCUUCCAGCAAACUGCACGCAAAGCGAGGCUCGAACAGUUCCCAGUACACGGGAGAUCACCCCUACCCCAAGGCCUCGAGGAGCAACAGUAUACCCGCUCUACCUCAAUACAACAGCACCUCCGUUCCCUCCCAACAAAACAACAGCAGCAGGAAGAUGUCCGUUGUUCCCUCCCAACAAAACAACAGCAGCAGGAAGAUGUCCGUUGUUCCCUCCCAACAAAACAACAGCAGCAGGAAGAUGUCCGUUGUUCCCUCCCAACAAAGCGGCAACACUGCCCAUCAAUUCCCAGCCAGUCUGGUAAAUGGCAUCACGGCCACACCUGAAGUGCAGGAGGGAUGUGGCCCACCACAGGAGGGAUGUGGCCCACCACAGGAGGAGUGUGGCCCACCACAGGAGGAGUGUGGCCCACCACAGGCGGAGAGCGAGGGUGUGGCCGGGCUACACGCAGCCCGACCCGUCAUUAUCGUGGACAGGCGUUCAGACCUUCCAUCACUGGAUGACAAGUGGACGGACGUGACAAGGGCACUUGAGGACGCAGGCUACAGGAAGACAAUCUCAGAACUCAAGACGGAGCUAAGGGUUGCGAGACAGAGGAAGGAGGAGCUGGAGAAUUUGUACUCGAUAGUCCAGGCGGAGCUGAACCAAGUCAGGAGUGUGGCAGCGAAGGCAGAGCGUGAGGAGCGCUCCUGGAGGAGGGAGAGGGCCGAGAUGGAGCAGCAGGUCUCUACGCAACGACAACACAUAGACAGCCUCCGAUGUGAAAUUCGGGAGCUGAGAGGUCCAUUGCCCUCAGAAAGUGUCGAGGAAGAACUGCGGCAGAAGGUGAGGGCGCUCAAGGCACAGCUGAGGAAGGAGCAACACAACUGGAUGAAGGAACGUGCCGACAAAAACCAGAAGAUCAACACACUGCAACAGAGGCUCCGGAAGCAGGUCUUGGAGGACUCGAGUGAGGAUGUGGGGCGACUGCGGAAACAGCUGGAGUGCAAGGAUCGAGAGGUCUCCCUACUGAGGACGCAGCUGGAGGACAAGGAGCGGGAGAUCAGGACAUACAGAGCGGAGAUGACCAAGAUGUCGAAGGCAUUGCGGAGCGAUGUGCCCUGCGGCCUGCCCAACCUCGGCAACACCUGCUACAUCAACUCCGUCGUCCAGUGCCUCUUCAGUAUACAAGCUCUGCGCCUGUAUUUUGUCAAGGAACAGUAUAUGAAGGUCCUUAACAGGGAGAGUGAGCAGAGGGGUGAGGUGGCCGAGGCACUUGGCCAGGUCUUCAAGGCCAUUGAGACUGGCAUUGGAACAGGUCAUGCCAUAAAUGACUUUAAGAGAGUGGUGGCGGCGCACGAUGAGAUGUUCCUGAGCCAGGACCAGCAAGAGGCGCAUGACCUCCUCUCAUCUCUACUCUUCUGGCUACACAACGACCUGUCCGAGACGAGCAGUGUCCAGGAGACCACGGACCACUACCCUCGGCCCACCUCCAUCAUCUCCAGCAUCUUUCAUGGCCUCAAGGAGUCCACCAUAUUCUGUCGGGAGACGAAGAAGAUAGUGCAGACCUCCUCAGAAAUGUUUGACAACCUGACGCUCUCUGUCUUGGACGGUGACGACCGUCCACUGAUGGAGCUACUCCAGAGCCAUUUUGAGCCCCGGGAGAUCGACUGGGACUGCCAACACUGUCAGCGGUGUCACAUGUGUGUCCACGUCACCAGGCCCACCACCCUGCCACAGGUCCUCCUGCUACACUUUAGCAGGUUCAGCAAUAACAACCACAACAACAGUAGGAAGACCCGGGUGGAGUUUCCGGCCGACAGCCUCUCUCUGGACCACCACCUCACACUGGAGACAGGAUAUUCUCCGGUAUACCAGCUGAUCUCUGUCUGCAACCAUCACGGAACGAUGACAUCGGGUCACUACACCGCCUUCUGCAGGAGACAGGCAGGCGGGAGCGGGUGGUGGCUGAUGGACGACACAGAGGUUCGUCCCGCUGGCGUCAUGGACGUCCUGGGCGAAAGAGACGCUCACAUCGUUUUCUACGAGGCCGUCCAGGACUCAGAGGUGUAGCGUUAGAGUCAUGAAUCGAAUUCGAAAUGAAUUUUGAGGCUACAUGUUUUCUUGUACCUGGGAAUCCUGUCCAACUCGACCAGCCCGCCCUCGGGAGGCUAUGUUCGUCCAAGCUGAGGCCAACCUCGAAGACGCACCGACGACUUGAAUGUACUGAGUAUUCAAAAUGAACUGAGUAUUUCGAACAGUGACUCACUGUUCGAAAUGUAAGUUCACAGUGUAAGUGACUCACUGUUCCAUAAAGAUUUGAAUGUAAUCAGUUGUGAGCCGUGUUUAAAAUAAUUUUCAUUCAUAAACGAGGGGUUUGGCGGCUGGAUUAACGAGCCGUUGGCCAUUGUUUAUGAGGACAGGCUUCAUAAACGAUGACCAAAUGCUUGUUAAUCCAGCUAGAAAACCAUUUGUUUAAGCAUAAAACCACUUUUCCAAAGACUCACUAACGUAUAUAUAUUCAAACUUUUCUCGAACACUGCCCUCCUCUCUUCCUGUAAUAGUGUCACACUUCUCUAAAUGAGUCACCCAUAUACUGCAAAUAAUAUAUUUUAUUAUUGCUGUAAUAUAUACACCCAUAUACGGAAAAAAUAGAAAUAAUAACAUAACCAAACUAACCUAUCCUAGGCCUAACUACGUAUACAAUUAUAAAUAUACAUUAAUAUUAUUUUAUAUUCAAGAAAAUGUAGUUUUUGGGCUUCAUUAGGUUAGCGUUAACUAAAGCAUCUUCGGGUCGGCCGCAACAUGAAGCCUGAGUCUGAGUGUCUGAGGACUUCGCCUGGGAAUAACCCAAUAUAGUUUGAAAAUAAACAGUUGUAUAAUGCAAGUACAUAGAUGUAUGCUUAAUAUGUGCUUAUUGUGUAAAUUAUAAAAUAAUAAUAGUUUGUAAAUAGUUUCCAUACGCUAGACUACUUCUCGUGUGUUCUUGCCAUUUCUUUGUUACUUCAUUAUUAUAAACUAAGAAACAAGAAAUUUAUUUAAA